AUGGUGUUCCAAGGUUUCGGAAUCGAGUCGAGCUCGUACAACCCCAUCAACCUCAGCCACGGCUCGGUGGCUGCGCCGCUCCCGAUGGCGGGCGCAGGCGGUUGCAGCAAGAAGCGCAAGGCGUUCGACGACCUCGACUCGUACGCCGAUGCUACGGGCGACUUCCACGUCCGACCGAAGCUCAGUCUGCCACGUUCGGCCGGUCUGGUGUUCAACGGCGAUGCGCAGUUCCACCCGCUGCCCGCCGACGUCAACCAGGCGAUGCUGGCGCAGCUGGGCCACAACCCCUUCACCGGCUCGAGCGCGUCGGGGUCGACAUUUGUGACGCCGUCRUCGUCGUCGAGCUCGGGCUUCCUGGCGGGCCACGAGCACAAGUCGUCCAACGGCUCCGAUUACUUUAGCACCGCUGCGCCAUCGCAGUACCCAGACGUGGAGCCGUACCCGCCCACGUCGCCGACGUCGGCCUACGGCAUCCUGGGCCCCGCUCCCGGCAGGCACAAUUCCUUUUCGGACUCCAACAGCAUGGACGUCGACUAUGGGAGUAGUGCCAGCACCCGCAGCGUGCAUGGCCCGCAGUGCAAAAGCAUCCCCCAGCUCUGUGUGCGCUACAAUGACGGCUCGGGCUCCGAGCUCUGGGCCACCUGCCCCGACUGCGGUGCCUGCUCCAAGGUCGAAUCCAACGCACCCUCCUCCAACCUCUGCUACUCUCCGUGA